GAGGCAAGCAUGGAAUCCUAUCAGCAGAGCAAGCCAAGAGCUCAAUAAACUGUUUAUUCAUUGUUCAAGCUUCUCCACCUAUAUGGAUUAUUAGAAGAAGUAUUUCAUCUUAGGGUACCCAGAUUAGAUUAUAGAUACUUCAAGUAUUCUUUAGAAUUCACUGAGGGGAAGAAAAUAUGGAAAGCAGCAUCAGUCAUUUGGGACCGUGUUGUUUCCUGAUACCAAAAUAACCUAAAUGAAUAAACUACAAUCUGUAAGUUAAAACAGCUGGUUUCCAGCCUGUUAAAUAAAAACCAGAAGGUCUGAAGUACAUGACAAAAUGGGAUAAACCUGGUAUUCUGAGUGGAGGCAGCUACUGGUAAUUUUACUUUUCUUAUAGCUGAAGGUGAAGGAGAUUUGAGGUUCUCCUAGAAUUAAAAUUCCCCUGGAGUUAGCCCAGGGUGGGACCCUCAGAGCUGUCUACUCGUGCCAUUGCCUCAAGCCUGUGGACAUUUUUUCACCCUGGGGCAAGAAGAGGCUCCAGUUUGCCCAACUGCUGUGUGUGUUCCAGGCCAAUGAGGCUGACUUGGCAGCUGCCCUUUCCACAGCCAGCCAGCCAGCCCCUGAGUGUGUUUUAAAAGAUAAGUGACAAAAAGCCAACCCCUUUUAGAGGGGCUGGAACAGGCUAGUAGUUGCUAGGCAAGUUAAAGUAAUUCAGCAUCCUUGCCAAACGUCUGCCAGGCAAAUAGGGAACUUUCAGAGAAGGGGAGUGAGAUGGUGGUGUGUGUUGGUUGCCAUAGGAAUGUUUCCCUGAUUGGAACAAGACCACAGAGUGGGGAGAGCAAGACGGCAGCAUCUACGGUUCUUUCUGCUCAGGAAUGGGAACCCAGAGUGGGCAGUAGAGCGGAGGCAAGCCGUGCAGAGGCAGGAGCAGAUGAGACCCUAGAUGCCACGUGAAGCUAAACAUGUGGGGAAAAUAAAGAGCAGAUUAACUCAGGAAAAUUAUAUGGGGAGCUCUUAUGCUACUCUGAAGAUCUGAGACUUGGAGAAUUUACAAUCCCGAAUUAACUCAGGGAGAAUUCCAACUAGGCUCUGAAAUGAAUUAGAUGGAGAUUUAAAAUAGGGCAAUUUAGUGGGAAGAGAUACUUAAUUUGAAGACAGAAUCAUGAAUAAACUGGAGGAUAAGCAGGACCAGAUGAUACCAUGAAGAGAAGUUUACAGGCCCUCUAUUGCCAACUGUUAAGUUUCCUGCUGAUCUUGGCACUGACCGAAGCGCUGGCAUUUGCCGUCCAGGAACCAUCUCCCAGGAAAUCUCUUCAGGUCCUCCCUUCAGGCACUCCCCCAGGAACCAUGGUGACAGUACCCCACAGCUCUACCAGACAUACUUCUGUGGUGAUGCUGGCCCCCAAUCCCAAUGGACGCCCCUCACAGGCUGCAGGUCCCAUGGCAACACCGACACCCGGUGCAGAGGGGCACCCUCCUACACACACCAUCUCCACCAUCGCUGCAACAGUAACUGCCCCCCAUUCUGAAAGCUCUCUGCCAGCGGCCAUGGCAACCACAUCCUCCAAGCCAGAGGGCCGCCCUCGAGGGCAGGCUGCCCCCACCAUCCUGCUGACAAAGUCACCAGGGGCCACCAGCCGCCCCACCACAGCACCCCCCCGCACUACCACACGCAGGCCCCCCAGGCCUCCAGGCUUUUCCCGAAAAGGGGCUGGUAAUUCAUCACGCCCUGUCCCGCCUGCACCUGGUGGCCACUCCAGGAGUAAAGAAGGACAGCGAGGACGAAAUCCAAGCUCCACACCUCUGGGGCAGAAGCGGCCCCUGGGGAAAAUCUUUCAGAUCUACAAGGGCAACUUCACAGGGUCUGUGGAACCGGACCCCUCUACCCUCACCCCCAGGGCCCCACUCUGGGGUUACUCCUCUUCACCACAGCCCCAGACAGUGGCUGCGACCACAGUGCCCAGCAAUACCUCAUGGGCACCCCCCACCACCUCCCUGGGGCCUGCAGAGGACAAGCCAGGCCUUCGCAGAGCAGCCCAGGGGGGUAGUUCUACCUUCACCAGCCAAGGAGGAACACCAGAUGCCACAGCAGCCUCAGGUGCCCCUGUCAGUCCACAACCUGCCCCAGUGCCUUCUCAGCGCCCCCACCGUGGUGACCCACAGGAUGGCCCCAGCCAUAGUGACUCUUGGCUUACUGUCACCCCUGGCACCAACAGACCUCUGUCUACCAGCUCUGGGGUCUUCACGGCUGCCACGGGGCCUACCCCAGCUGCCUUCGAUACCAGUGUCUCAGCCCCUUCCCAGGGGAUUCCUCAGGGAGCAUCCACAACCCCACAAGCUCCAACGCAUCCCUCCAGGGUCUCAGAAAGCACUAUUUCUGGAGCCAAGGAGGAGACUGUGGCCACCCUCACCAUGACCGACAGGGUGCCCAGUCCUCUCUCCACAGUGGUAUCCACAGCCACAGGCAAUUUCCUCAACCGCCUGGUCCCCGCCGGGACCUGGAAGCCUGGGACAGCAGGGAACAUCUCCCAUGUGGCCGAGGGGGACAAACCCCAGCACAGAGCCACCAUCUGCCUGAGCAAGAUGGAUAUCGCCUGGGUGAUCCUGGCCAUCAGCGUGCCCAUCUCCUCCUGCUCUGUCCUGCUGACGGUGUGCUGCAUGAAGAGGAAGAAGAAGACCGCCAACCCGGAGAACAACCUGAGCUACUGGAACAACACCAUCACCAUGGACUACUUCAACAGGCAUGCUGUGGAGCUGCCCAGGGAGAUCCAGUCCCUUGAAACCUCUGAGGACCAGCUCUCAGAGCCCCGCUCCCCAGCCAAUGGCGGCUAUAGAGACACUGGGAUGGUCCUUGUUAACCCCUUCUGCCAAGAAACACUGUUUGUGGGAAACGAUCAAGUAUCUGAGAUCUAACUACAGCAGGCAUCACUUUGCCAUUCCGUAUUUUUCGUCUCUAAAUUAUAAAUAUACAAAUAUAUAUAUUAUAAAUAUAACCUUUGUGUAACCCUGACUUAAUGAGAAACAUUUUCAGCUUUUUUUCCUAUGAAUUGUCAACAUCUUUUUUACAAGUGUGGUUUAAAAAAAAAAACUUUACAGAAUGAUCUGUGGCUUUAUAAAAUAAAGGUAUUUCUAAGCAAAGCAGUUGCAUUGAUUGCUUCUCUUAAUAACUAUUCUUGAGCACCUGGGGAUCCCAGGAACCCUGUUCAGGUGAGGUAAGAGACUGACCUCCUAUAGAAGCUGAAUGUUACAGUGGUCAAGCGCACAAUUCUUUGAGUGAUUCUUAAAGCUCUGGUUCCUCUUGAUUUGGUGUGACCCCAUUUCCUCCCUUCUCAUAUGCACACCUGUAAAGGGAACUGGGCCGCCUCGGGGGAAGACGGCAGACUCAUGCACAGAGCAGAUAAAGGGAACAUCCCAUCACUUCCGAGGAUGAGUACCCUGGAGCCUUAUGACGGCACCAUUGGAUGUCAUGUUUAAUUCCAUCCAAGUUGUGGACGGCAGGCAGGAGCAUGGAGCCCUCAGGAAUCCGUGGAGGACAUCAAGUCAUCCCAAGGCCGUGUCCCCCUAACAUUACUUCCACUGCUAACAACAGGACUGCCUUUCCCUGGUGGGAAAAUGCUCCCUUUAUGCCCAUUCCUGUAUCCCCUCCAACACCCACAUCUGCAUUAAACACCCGUGCCUUUCUCUUGGAGAGGGUUUAGAUGCAGAUCCUGCCCUGGAGCUUUAAAAUGCUUGCCCUUCUUCAAGGAUCAAAUGUUUAUUGGGGUUCAGCUUUGUUUUCUCAAAAGGCCAUGGUAUCGUGCCCCUGAGGAACAUGUUUAUCUAAGAAGCUUUGAGGUAGUAGAGCGAUAAUUUUUGAAACCUUCCUCCUGCAAUCUUUAAAAGAGAAAAAAGAGAUUGCCCAAGCAAAUCAUUUGGGAGAAGACAUCAUUAUACUCCUACUUGGCACUGCAAACCUGCUCGCAGCACCAGCCAGUGGACUUGCCAUCCAGCUCUCAGCUUCCACUGCUCCCCUUGUUCCCGGCCGGCUGGCUGCCUCCCCGUGCUGUGUCCAGCAGGGCCAACAGGGUCAGACCCUCAGAGACACCCAAGGGGCUUCCAGAGGUGGCUGCUUCUCUAUUUUUUCCUGAUUGUGGCUGAGAGAGAUGAUUACUGCUUUGACACUUCCUUUGUCUAAAAGAAAAAUAGUUUGAUAGUAUAUUUUGAAUAUAGAUGCUCUUAUAGUCGGAUUGGGAAUUGAACUUGAAUGUUGGGUCAUAUGUUUGUGUUGUUGCUGUAGUCUAUCAUGACUUUUUUCUUUCUGCAUUUUCCUUAAAAAAAAAGAAAA